UUUAUUUAUUUCCGGUUUUAAGUCACAGGUUUUUGACGCAUCAGACGGAUUGUUUCUGUCCUUUACAUGUGUAUGUGCUUCAUAUGCAGGCCACACACACGAUUUCUGUUCUCUUUUGUUUUUUUGUUAUAAUUUGUUUCUGUGUAGCCGAGAAUAUGAUGGUCGGAGGCCAAAGCGAGGUUAAAAGCGCUGAUGAGGAAACUCAAAACAUCGCCGAUCAGAUUAGAGGAGAGGUCCAGACAAAAAUUGGGAAGGUUUUUCCCCAGUUUAAAGUGGUUCAGUACAAAACUCAGAUGGUAGCCGGAGUCAACUACUUUAUGAAGAUUGCCGUGGAAGACGACAAGUACAUCCAUAUCAGAGUGUUCAAGCCAUUACCUCACACAGGAGAGGAACCAUCUCUUAUUAGUUUUCAAGAAGAGAAGACACAGGAUGACCCCAUCAGCUACUUCUGAUAAACUGAAAUAAGACACUGUUAACCUGGAAUUAUCCUGGGUCCAAAUUAUAUAUUUCCAGGAACAUGCAAUUUUUUCUAAAAAUAUAAAAUUACAAAAAAGUGUUCAUGAUCUAAUAUGGUUGUUAUGUGAAAUUUGAUACUAGCUCUUUUGACUUUAAAAAAAAAAAAGUUUUAGCAUAUUUUCAACACUAGUGUCUUAUUAAUUGCCAUGUAGCUGUACAUAAUAUUUUUUAGUAAGGGAGGCAGGGUUACUGAACGACAACAACUUGAUUGUAUUACAGUUUAAAAGUAACACCAUCCACCACACAUGCAAAAGUAGAUAUGUGUGUAUACAUAGUUAUGUUUCCUCCAUAAACUUCAGGAAACUAAUCUCACAAGCAAGCUUUCAAGUUCAACAUUCCAUACUGUGCAAUAAUAAUGUAGGAGCAAUAAUACCGCACGUACAACAUGUUUUGUUAUGGCUGACAUGGUUUUGUCCAACUUUGUUGUUCCACUCAGAAUUUCUGGGAGCAAGCUGAUCACUUAUAUGGGAUGCACAUGUUUUAAUUUACCAGAUUACAACACAUAUACAGUAAUAAAUUUGAACUAUUAAAGCAAUAAUAGCAUGUCUAUGGGACCUUCUUAGAUAAUAUGUUUGUCUACACACAAGUUAAAUUCAUGUCACUUUGCCAUACAAUAGAAAGAUAAAUAACCACAGUGAUGGUGGUGGUACCCCGGUGUUGGUCGGGUUUUGAGGGAACACUGUUAUUGCAAUAGAUUCAGAUAGAAAGUCCCAGUGCUCUACUACAAUGAAAAAUUCCAAUUUGUGCUGCUUUUUUAUGCCUUGAAUUUGCUUACUUAUAUACUAUAGCAAAACUAUAUAUGAAAGAAAUAUAUUCAUUGUUAUUUACUUAAAAAAAUCCUCUGUGAACCUGUUGAUCAUACAUUGUAGAGCUUAUUUACUGCAUUUUUGGUCAUGAUAUUUGUUAUAUUAAUAAUUUUUUGCAAUAUCACUUCAGAAUGAUUUGAAAAUAUUGUAACUGUCCGGAGAGGCCUGCAACCAACAAAUAUACAAUUGUCUUUGAACGAAUUUAGAUGAAAUGAUAAAUAUUUAAGAUAAAAGUAACUCUCAAGGCUUGUAUAUUGUAUGAGAAGGUAUGGGACUUUCCACCACAGAAGAAGCUGCAGUAAUUCAUAUGUGAAUCCAAUGACCUAUCUAUAAACACUAUAUUUAAGGUGCUAGAG